GGGGUACUUAGGUGUAAUCGUCAGCGGAUUCUCCUCAAAGGGCGAGAGAUAUUCGGGUCAGAGAGCUUCUUCAGGCGCACGGCUGUGGCCCUCGGGCAUUUUGCGAUGCGCUGAUGCCUGGUCCGCGUUAUCAAUUUCUCUCGCUACCAAAGGAUUCAACGACGGAGAAAGUUUAUUACAUUACUGUCGUAAAGUCGUCGUCUUGGCAUAACAGGCCUUUAUCUACUUAAACUACCUUACCGACUCUCGCGGUUCAGCGUACAGCUGCCGCCACCUGUGGUCAAACUCGCCGAACGAAAAUGCGGCUGCACCUGUCAAACGCUGUGCACUCCACUUGACAGUCGUAUUUUGAAUAAGGAAUUUCCCGGACGAUUAUUUUCGCUCAAAGACAAUUAACCGAGUAAACAAAGUGCCAAUUGUACCAUAUGAUGCCACUCUUAAGAAGAUAAGGAUUCAUUAUACACAAAAAUCAUCAGUAUGGAGAAGAGAGGAAGUGCUGAGCUUCUCAAUGUCGAACAGAAUAAUUCCAAAAAUGCUAGUUCCGACUCCCUCAACUCAGACAGCAAGAGCAGCUCCCUCAAUUCAAAAAUGGGACAGGAAUCGGAGAGUUGGGAAAAGGCAUCUCAUUCAAAGAGCUUCUCGACAAGCUCUACCUCAACAGAUAACAAUAUCAUUUCUGCUCUAGAAACUAAAAAAGAAAGUCAAGGAAAAGUGGAUUCGAAUUUAACUGGAAAUGAGACAGGACCACCUCUUCUCAAUGGUGAGAGAGUCCAAGGAGUUGCCCGUGAUGUCACAUACUUGUGCCCAUACUCAGGACCAGCCAGAGGUGUACUCAGUGUCACCAACUACAAGCUGCAUUUCCGCAGCAUCGACAGGGAAACUCCCUAUGUGGUAGAAAUGCCUUUGGGCGUUGUCAGUAGAAUCGAAAAGGUUGGAGGCGCAUCCAGCAGAGGGGAAAAUUCUUAUGGAAUAGAGAUCUUCUGCAAAGAUAUGAGGAAUCUCAGAUUUGCUCACAAACAAGAAAACCAUUCCAGGCGAAACGUUUUUGAGAAAUUACAACAGUAUUCUUUUCCACUGUCGCACAACAUGCUUUUAUUUGCUUUUGAGUAUUCCGAGAAUUUUCCCGAAAAUGGCUGGAAUGUGUAUGAGCCUAUAGCCGAGCUGAAACGAAUGGGAAUCAAUAACGACAUGUGGAAGAUAUCCAAAAUUAAUGACUCGUAUUCCAUAUGCGAUAGCUAUCCUGCCGUAUGGGCAGUUCCCACCGCAGCCACUGACGAGGAUCUUCAAGCCUCGGCUGCAUUUAGAAGCCGCGGGAGGCUUCCCGUUUUAUCCUGGAUUCACCCGGAGAGCCAGGCGACAAUAACACGUUGUGCGCAACCUCUCGUAGGUGUUGGCGGAAAGAGAAGCCGCGAAGAUGAGAGGUAUAUACAAUUGAUAAUGGACGCCAAUGCUCAGAGUCACAAAUUAUUUAUAAUGGAUGCACGACCCAUGGCUAAUGCAGUAGCUAACAAAGCUAAGGGUGGAGGAUAUGAGAGCGAGGAUGCUUACCAAAACAGCGAGGUCGUUUUUCUUGACAUUCCCAAUAUUCACGUGAUGAGAGAAAGUCUUAGAAAAUUAAAAGAAUUGUGUUUUCCAAAUAUUGAGGAAUCCAGGUGGCUUUCUGGCUUAGAAUCAACGAUGUGGUUGAAACAUUUAAAAUGUAUUCUUGCUGGAGCAGGAAAGAUCGUUGACAAAGUCGAAACUCACAAAACUUCAGUACUAGUUCAUUGUUCUGAUGGCUGGGAUAGAACUGCUCAGUUAACGGCGUUGGCGAUGCUGUUAUUAGAUCCCUAUUUUAGAACUAUCAAGGGAUUCGAGGUUUUAAUCGAAAAAGAAUGGCUAAGUUUUGGCCAUAAAUUCCAACAGCGAAUCGGUCAUGGCGACGAGCAUCACAGUGACGCAGAUAGAUCACCCGUGUUUGUUCAGUUUAUAGAUUGCGUUUGGCAAAUUAGUCAACAAUUUCCAAAUGCCUUUCAGUUUAAUGAACACUUUUUGACAACGAUAUUGGAUCACCUUUACUCUUGUCGAUUCGGCACUUUCUUGUGCAGCAGUGAAAGGGAAAGGGUACAAGAGAGACUGAAGGAAAAAACAGUGUCGUUAUGGUCGUUCAUAAACAGCCAGUUGCCAUUGUAUCAGAACCCACUUUAUUGGGACAGUCCAAAUCAGCAGCAGGUUUUGAUACCCGUCGCAAGUAUGCGAUACAUCAGGCCAUGGAAAAGCUUUUAUUGCAGGUGGAAUCCUAGUAUGCGGCAACAGGAUCCCGUGUACCAGCGAACUCGCGAACUUCUAGUCCUGAAAGAGCAGCUAAAGAAAAAAGUGGAAGAAUGCCGUAGAGAGCAGGCGUCGCGUACGAACCGCACGCUCAAUUCGUCGGCAGCUCCGCGACUGCACUCUCCCGUGCAUUCUUAGCAGUGUCCGGUCGACCAGCCGCGGCUCCUCUUAACUUGUAGCUUUGUAAAUGAGCCUUAGAACUUUUUUAAAAAACUGUAUUGCGAUAUAUAAACGCAGCAAAAUAAGAAACGCAGAGCAGCUCUCGAGCAACUAUAUAUACCUACUGUGGUGUAUCGCGCAAGAAAAUGUUUAUCCAAUGACUGAAUCAGCAUCGCUGUUGUACAAAGCGUUACUAUUAUAGACUCGUGUCGACGAUGAGAGAAUGAAAGAAAGGAAGUAGAUGCUAGGAAGGGAGAGAAAAAGCACGCUUUUUGUGAAUCUUUAAAGUAUGUAUAUGUAUAUAUUACAAUCUUAGGGAUAAAAUGAAAACACAAACAAUCGUACAUUUAUACAUGUAGUGAACGGUAUAACAAAGAUUUGAUAUAAUAUAAAGCUAAGAAGAGGAGAAAAUUGUGUGAGUUUCUGCUUUUUAUCGAAGUCUUUUUUCGCACGCGCUUCGAUUUGGCCUCGAAGUGGACUAUAUCCGAAGAAAUAAAAAGUAAAACCGCGAUUGCGGCGCUGCACGCUGCAUCAUCGCUUUCUGACACCGAAGAACGAGCGCAUCAGCAGGACCGUCGGCGUCUCCAGCAUAAGGGAAAGCGCGUACGAGCACAAAUACGUCAUCAUCAAGUUUCCCAGGAAUAUAGCACCCUGCACGCAGAUUACAAAAGUUAUGUUAUCACCAGUAUAGACUUGUUCAAACUUAGUUUGCUUACGUUUCCGACUUACGUUUGGAAGAAAGUCCACGUGAACAGCCGAUUCGCUGUGCAGGUAAAUCGAAUUAAUGAGAAAGGGAUUAAGCAGAUAAGCGCAAUACGUCAGUCUGCUUAGUGGAAUCCAGGCCUUAAAGCAUAGUAUUUUAUUCACUAUUCCUGAAACGAAUAAUCAUGAUUAUGGUUCGCGUUGAAAUUGUCACGAGGCGAGAAACUUUUGGUGGUUUAUAAUUGAAAUUGUUUAUCAAGUGCCCCCCGUUCUUAUGUGUAUCGAAUAAUAUAUUCUAUAUAAAUGCUAAGUUUUGUUAAAAAUCUAUCAUAACUAUUAUUGAAUAAAGUGUUUUUUUUUUUAAUACAUUAAA